AUGACUGUUACCCAAAAUAAUACAAGCACGAUAAAAUGUCUAUUAAAACUCGAUGUUCAUCCUAAUGUUAUUGUUUUUCUUGCUCGUAAAGCACUUAAGCAUGCUGCUGAACAUGGUCAUAUUAUUGUUAUACAAUUGAUACGUGAAGCAGAAGCUGAUCCAACGAUGCAAGAUUUUGAAGGAAAAUGUAACAAAAGUGUUUUGGAUUUUGAAAAGAAAGCAACUAUUUGA